AUGAAUCCCUAUGCCAAUCCGUAUGAUGGGACGACGACGGGAUCCAUCGCUUCGAGUUUCCCAUCAUCAUCAUCAACAACAUCCAACCAUAUCCGUUUUGCUCCAACUAACAGCUCAAAUGUCAAUAACAACAGCUCAAAUGUCGAACUCGAAGAUUUAUCGGAUAUGAUGAUUACUUCUAAUGGCGCUGGUGGCCAUAGUGCUGCUUUGAACAACACUUGGAAUGGAAACACUCCAUCAACCUACAACAAUAAUAUUACUCAAAAAGUCGUUGAUGAUGUCAUUCUAUUUGAUGAUAAGAAUGAGAAAUUUCACGAGCAAGGAAUAUCGGAUCAUCGGUCAUCAUCCAAUAAUAAUAAUCCUAACAAUUUGAAAAGCAAAAUUAAAAACAAGUUGAAGAGAUCCAAGAAGAAUGGAAAAAUUAGAUUUGAGGAUGAAGUGGGCGGUGGUGUUGAUGAUGAGGACGAUGGAAAUGAUUCAUUAAGUGAGGAAGAAGAAUCCUCUCAUCAUUCAAAAUAUGCCAAUGGUGGUAGUGGUGCUCUGAAUUCUACUAGAACAUCACCUGCUAUUCAUUAUACUCAAAAACACUCUCCACUCAUGAUAUCCUCUGCCGAUUCCGAACCGCAAACAAAGACAUUACCAACACAAAAACAAGAUCAAUAUGGAAAAGGCUUUACUGAGGUGAUGCUUCCACCUCUUUCUCAGCCACAACAACAAAGUGAUCCAUCAAUACAAGUGAAGGAAGAACAUCCAAUUCAAAAGAAUGCAUCAUCAUCAUCAUCAAAUGAACCUGUAGAAGAUCCCAAUUCAAUUUCUGCCAAACUCAUGAAAGGAGAUACACCUCAUUGGCUCUUUGUUUUUGCAUUUGUAAUUCCAACCAUUAUUAUUUGUUCAAUUCUCGGAGGAGUUCAAUUAGGAUUGUGUGGAUAUUUUUUCGAAGUCAUUGACAAUGACCCAACAUUUAAGAGUGAUCCCAAUGCUCUCACAUGGGAACAUAAUUGCACACUUUUGGAUACGAGUUAUAAUUGUGCGGAAAGAGGAAAAUAUCUAGAUAGAGGUCUUCAUUGCUAUUUUAAAGUACAAUUUUUAUCGUUGAAAAAUUCAUCAACUUUUCCGCAAUAUAUUAAUUUGACAAGCAAUUUACCUUAUAAUAUGGCUGAAACAGGCUUGUAUUAUCCAAUGAAAGAAGGUGACAUUGUAAAAUGUUACACAAACAAACAAGAAGAUCAAGUCAACAUAUUGGUUGCCAUUUCUCCACUCUUUGAAACGUAUUACAUGGUUGGAGGAAUAUUAGGAGUUUUUGGAGCAAUUUCUCUUGUUGCAGCCAUUUGCGUCAUACCCACCGCGUGUGUCAGGCCUAAAAACAGAAUUUACUGA